AUGGUCUUUAACGAAGAAAAUGAUUUUGAUUACAGCGAUCAAGUAUCAAAAAAACAAAUUAAAAGAGACGAUGAAUUUUCUAAUAAAGAAAACAAUAUUGAUGCAGCAAUAGGAGCUACAGCAAUAGCACCUAUGUCUGUCGGUCCAAUGCGCUUGCAUGAAGAAGAAACUGAACGUACUAUUAAAACAAGACGUAAAAGAGACACUUUUGAGAAAGGAAGCGAAGAUAAUGAUUUUGAAUACGGUGAUGGGGGGACCGUCGAUGAUUACAAGGAUACACUAUAUGUAUUUCCGAAUUCAUCAUUCAAAGUUUUUAAUACAUCUAUAACAGUAAAAUCAACAGACAUUCCUGAAUAUGAAGAAUAUCCAAAUAAUAGGAGGGUCGAAAAUUUUGACCCAUUUUUGUUAUCAGUAGAAAAAAAAAAUACAAGCCUAAAAACAAGAAUCACUGCCACUCCUCCUACCGGAAAGGUUUUACGUGCACCAGAAGUUACUGAUUCAAAACCAAAACCUGAUCCUGGUUCGACAACACCACAACCCGGUACUUCUCGCAAUGAUACUACAAACAUCACGGAGGUUGAAGAUGACAGUAAUGAUUAUAAUGAAAAAGAUACUGAUUUCUAUAUUCGACAUUUCUUCCGAAAAGAUUAUCUAUUCACUGUUGCAUUCCCACAAGCAAUAGGAAUUACAAUAUUUUUAUUGAUUCUAUUCGCCUUAUUGUAUACACCUGCAUGCUGUUAUGGAUUUUUGUAUAAACCGCCAGACGAAGCGAUUUCACUUACGACUGCGGUUUCCCUUGCUAGAGAAGAAUCAUAUCAUGAGCAUUUGGAUGAAGGAUGA